GUCUGAAAACCAACCAGUUGUGUCGGGAUGAACGAACAGAGUUUAUUCACGUGAAAGCAUAAAUCUUUCGCCUAAAACCCCUAAAAACGGCUAAAACGAUGUCUAAUCUCUCUUCUUCUUCACCGACUCUCUUAGCUUACCUCAACCAGACAGUAACAAAUCUACUAAAAGAGACUGAAGCAGAUAAUGCAAGAACCUUCUGCUUCUGCGUCUGAAUCAGAAGCAGAACAAGCUCAAUCUCCUCUUCAAUGGCUGCCACUAGCAAGUUCUCCACUGUCCCUACUUGUCUUUUACUCUUCUUCAUUGUAAUCUUCAAUCUCUUAAUCUCUGCAAAGUCUUCACCUUUAUCACAACCCAUCAUCAAGACCCAAGAACAAGACAAAGACCCAUUCAUCGGAUUCAACAUCGGCACCGACGUCACCACCCUCCUCCCUCCUCCACAUCUCAUCAACUUCCUCCAAACCCAAAACAUAAACCACGUCCGCUUAUACGACUCCGACCCAAACCUCCUCAAAGCCCUCUCCAAAACCAACAUACGCGUUGUCAUCAGCGUCCCUAACAACCAGUUCCUCGCUAUAGGCUCCUCCAACACCACCGCAGCUUCAUGGAUCGACCGUAACGUCGUCGCUUAUUACCCGGAGACGUUAAUCACAGCCAUCUCCGUAGGAGAUGAGGUCUUAACAACGGUCCCUUCUUCAGCUCCGUUGCUCUUACCCGCUAUUGAGUCUUUAUACAACGCUCUCGUAGCUUCGAAUCUUCACGAUCAAGUCAAAGUCUCUACACCACACGCAGCUUCUAUUAUGUUAGAGACGUUCCCUCCUUCACAAGCUUACUUUAAUCAGACGUGGCGUUCUGUUAUGGAGCCGUUACUUAACUUCUUGUCAAAAACCGGUUCUCCGUUAAUGAUGAAUCUUUAUCCUUACUAUGUGUAUAUGGAGAAUAAAGGAGUUGUUCCGUUAGAUAACUGUUUGUUUAAGCCUUUGACUCCUUCUAAAGAGAUGGUUGAUCCCAACACGUUGUUGCAUUACACUAACGUCCUUGACGCGAUGGUGGACGCUGCUUACGUGUCGAUGAAGAAUCUUAACGUGACGGAUGUGGUUGUGCUUGUGACUGAGACGGGUUGGCCUUCACGAGGAGACUCAAAAGAGCCUUAUGCGACGUUAGAUAACGCUGAUAGUUAUAACUCGAAUUUGAUUAGGCACGUGUUUGAGGGAACGGGGACUCCUUUGCAUCCUGAGAUGACUUCGAGUGUGUAUAUCUAUGAGCUGUUUGAUGAGGAUAAGAGGGCGCCUCCGGUUAGUGAAGCUAGCUGGGGGUUGUUUUAUGGGAACUCUACUCCGGUUUAUUUGCUUCAUGUGUCUGGGAGUGGGGCGUUUUUGGCGAAUGAUACGACGAAUGAGACGUAUUGUGUUGCUGUGGAUGGGGUUGAUGUGAAGACGCUUCAGGCUGCGUUGGAUUGGGCUUGUGGGCCGGGGAGGGCUGAUUGUAGUGAGAUUCAGCCUGGGGAGAGUUGUUAUCAGCCUAAUAAUGUGAAGGGGCAUACUUCUUUUGCUUUUAAUAGUUAUUAUCAGAAGGAAGGGAGAGGUUCUGGUUCUUGUGAUUUUAAAGGUGUGGCGAUGAUUACUACUACAGACCCAAGUCAUGGAAGCUGCAUUUUCCCAGGAAGCAAGAAGGUAGGAAACCGAACACAAACGGUGGUGAAUUCAACUCAAGUCCCCGGAGGUGAAGCUUCCACAAGGAGUCUCUCAAGAGGCUUCUGCGUUAGUAUUAUGAUUCUUGUAACUUAUAUUUUGUUACCUCUCUGGUGAUUGUUCAUUUUUCCACGGUGAGUGACAAUUCCAGGUUCAUAAACAUUGUUUUCUUGUGAAGUUAACAUUGUGUUUUAUGAUUUUUUUUGUAAUUUAUUGUUUUGUUCAUAGACCA